AACUAAUCAUUACGUAGCACUUGUUUCCAGUCGAGUCAUUGUAGUGGACGGUAGCGCCCAAGAGGAGCCAGAAAUACUAUGCUUGCUUUAGCUAACUUAUCGUCAUUUUUUAAAUAUUGAAUCGUGUUGGUUAUAUUUUCCAUUUUUUGGUUGGUUUUAGACCCCAAGAUGGACCUCAAUCCACAGGCUAAAGACAGCAUUGACCGUGCAGACCUGGUUUCCGAGGACGGGAAGAACAGGAAGUCUGUCUUGUGUCAACGCUGCGGUUCCAAGGUGCUUUGUCCUGGAAUGGCUGUGUUUGCAGAGAGAGAGCUGAUCCUGCCAUCCAUGCGUAAAAAGAGCAGCCUCAGCUCCACGGAUGGCUCUGUGGACGGGGACACACUCUCCGCCCACUGGUUAGUGGGUGAAAUGUUUGAUUUUGAGAAUGUGGGCUUUACUAACGACGUGGGGAGAAUCAAGUAUCUCAUCUGUGCAGACUGUGAGAUCGGACCCAUCGGCUGGCACUGUUUGGAUGACAAGAGAAGUUACUAUGUCGCAAUAGAACGAGUGAAUCAUGCAUAGUUUAUACCAACUGGGUUUUUAUUAAAAUAAUAAUAAUAAUAAUAAUAAAAGCCAACAGAAAUUGAAAUGUGCCGACAGGCUUCUAAACCGUCAGAACUGACACUUAUUCCUCCCACACAUGCAUUUGAUUCCGAGUGUGUGUGGAAAUCUGAGUGACUGUGUUCUUCAAACUGUAUGAAUAUUGUACUCUAAUAAAAAAUAAAUGUGGUUAAUUUGG